AUGUCUUAUACAUGGACCAGCUUUCAGUUUGCCGGUACCUUCUCGAGGUUCAAGUUCAGCGGGCAAAACAUGCGGAUGCUCACCGCCGGACACACUCCUACAAAGUUGGCCAUCAAGUUUUACUCAACACUGAGCACAUCACCACAGCCUACGACUCCAGCCGCCGCCUCCCUCAGGCCACGCUCAUCAGCCUCCUUCCAGGUCGAGCUUCCACCCACUAUGCGCAUCCAUGAUGUUUUCCACGUUGAUCGGUUCAAGCCGUUAAUCCCUUCGCCUGAAUCCCUUGAUCGCCGCUCCCUGCCACCCCCGGAAGAGGAGAUUGUCAACGGCGAGGUUUAG